CAAGAGACGACAGUUCCUCGCUCCGCCCGCCUUUCCUUACUCGCCUUGGCGUCCCAUGGCAUCCCUCCGGCGCUCAGCCUCGGCGCGCUCCGCCCCGUGGAGUCGGUUGGACCGGGCAUCGUUGGCCUCCAGUGGUCUCUUCACCGAGACGUUGACGUCCCAACGGGGCUCCUCGCGCUGGUCCAGCCGCACACGGAGCUCCUCGCUGUCCCCAAAGUCCAAGGGUCAUGGAAGGUCGUAUUCCCCGCGGCGCUUCGCCUCACGGCAUGUGCCCACGGCAGCGGAAGAGUUGGCUCAGAGUCAACACUUGGAGCCCAGCAUCAUCAAGAGAUUCGAUGGUUUGAUGAAGCAUUUGAAGCGCAACACAGAGAAACAGGACUUCGAGAAGCAGGUGCUGGCCUCGCCACUGGAGGUGUUGGUGCCUGAGGAGUUUGAUGAAGUGCUCCGGGAGACCUUCGCGAGGCAUUGCAGCUAUGGAGAGCGGCUGAAUACGGAGCUGAUGCACUCCAGCAAAUGGAUCAAGAUGCUCCGAUAUGGGAUGUUGAAAGAGCUGGAUCUCAUGCCGGCCGUGGCGACCUCACCGAAGAGGCCUUGCCUUGCCUCUUGGGCGGAUGCGGACCUCAUUUUUCAGCGCGUGCUUCAUGACGUGGACUAUGGGGGUAAGCGCUUGACCUACGAGGACUUCUGCAAGGCUCUUUGCUUGGUCGCAGUGAAUGUCCACCCAGACCUGAGCGACUGGGAGGCUGCCAUGCAAGAGCUUUUGACCCGAAUCGCCAGCGUGGCAGAGCGGGUGAGGCCAUCCCAGGCGGAUGCACUUGAGGACGACUUCUCAUUGGAUCCCAACGUGCUUCUGGUCUUGGAGCAUUUCAAGCCCAAGCUCCACGACUUGUUCCGCUCCUUCGCCCGGCGCCAGCUGCCCAACCCGGCAGAUGCGCCGGUGGGCACGGGGACCACCCGGCUGAAGGAACGCAGCGUUUGGAGGACGCAAGACACCUUCGCCUCCAAGGCCUCAACCAUGGCUCAGACCAGCACGGGGGAGCAGAUUUCGGAACAGUCCACGGAGCUACCGCACCAGGUGGAUGGCUCACCACGCCGCGGGAAGCCGAUGACGCCAAAGGCGUCAUCGGUGAAACUUCCUGCGGAGGCGUUGAAGGCGGUGGCCGAGAAGGGCAUCGAGAACGUGGCCGAGAGCCUUCUGGGGUCUUCCGAGCUGACUGCGUGGGCCGAGAGCUUGGGAUAUUUUAGCCCUUCAAGCAAGAGCGCAACUGGAAGUCGAGCAGGACAAUGGAGUCCCGUGAGCACCGAUCCGUAUUGCUAUGCUUCUGGAAGUCCGACGAUGAAGAACCGUCAGAGCUUCCUAUCUUUGGAGCAGCUUUUUUCAUUGUGCAAGGAGCUGAAGAUCAUGCCAGAGGUCAUUAGCCGGCAGGCGGUGGUCAGGAUCUUCAAGCGAGCACAGAGUGCGGGCCUGCAAAGCGCUCAUCAGGGCAGCAACUAUGGCUUCCUGUCACGGGAGGCGUUUGUGGAUGCCAUUGGCCGGAUCGGGAUCCAUGCCUAUUCGCAACCCCCCUACUGCGAUGAACAUGUGGAGCCACAUGAAAAGCUGCAGGCCUUCCUUUUUGAUCGACUCCCAGAAGAGAUUCGAACUGUGCGAGAUCGGUUCUUGUACGGAUGUAGUGGUCGGGGGCCAGCUGUGCCACCUGGCUACAUGGCAAGUGUGCGCAGUGCUUGAUGGGUGCAAGUGCACCGAUGCACCAAGCACCUGGCAACCGAGUCCCC